AUGGAUGUGAAUGCAGGUGUGAAUAUGAAUACAAAUAUGAAUGCAAAUGUGAGUACAAAUGUAGAUACAAAUGUAAAUGUGAAUGUGAAUAUGAAUGCAAAUGUGGAUGUAAGUAUGGGUGCAAAUGUGGAUACAAAUAUGAAUAUGGGUGUAAAUAUAGUAACUGAUGUUGUAAAUGCAGAUGUAAAUGUGAAUGCAAAUGUAGAUACAAGUGUGGGUAUACAUGUGGGUGCAAAUGUAGAUACAAAUAUGUAG